GCCGCUGCCCGGGCUGUGGCCGCGGCCGUGGCCCGGCGGGCUGCGGCGGGCAGCAUGCGGCAGUCCCUGACUCAGCAGCGGCCGGGCGGCAUCGCCCUGCCCGACUCCGUGGGUGAGUGGGGGCCGUAUCGGGACUGGGGCCGGGUCGCCGCGUCGCGCGGCGGGGCGGAGGGCCGCGGGGCCGCGUCUCCGCAGAGCGCGGUGGGGGCUGCGCCGUGCCCGUGCGCUUCGGGCGGUCGGGGCAAAGCCCGGGCACGUCGGGGCGGCACGGCGGUGUGCGCCGUCCCGAACGUGGCGAGCCGUGUAGGGAAGCCCCGCUAACGGCUCGUUUUCGGAGCGCCCGUGGCCGCCGUGCGAAGAGGGCGUUGCGGAGGUCUGAGAUGAGAACGACCGCUUUGAAGCCGGCGCGCGUUCCGAGCGCCGUUUCGGCGAGAGGAGCCGGAGCGGUGUGCGCGGCACCGAUGGCGUGACACCGUUGUGGCGGCCGGGCACGGCGCUGCGUGUGCGCGCAGCCCGCACUGCCCGCCUCGGGGCACCGGGCACGGGGCUGCGCUGCGCGGCUGCGCCGGCCGGGUCGGGGGGCGGGUCGGUGUUCUGGAUGUGCCAAAGCGCUUCAUCGACGGACGUGCGGCCAAACAUCUCCUCGGAGGGAGAAGCGGCGGGACUGAUGGCCCAGAACGGACCCGGAGUUCGGUGGUCACGCUGUCUCUGUGCUUCCGCGUUAAAGGACUACGGUUGUUUCUAUUUGCACCUGGAGUGAAAGCACUAACGUUUGUUUUUGCAAUAAGGAAUGUUCAGAAGCUGUCAGAAUUGCUUCGAUAGGAGACCUUUUGUUUCACCUCACUGCACGUUUAUGUGUCUCAGCUGUGAGCUUGGUUUUGGGUCAUUCCUUGGAAUAAUUGGAUCAAACUUGAUAGAAAACAAAAGGCAAAUGCUGGUUGCAUCGAUCGUCUUCAUCAGCUUUGGCGUCAUUGCUGCAUUCUGCUGUGCCAUAGUAGAUGGUGUCUUUGCUGCCAGACACAUAGACCUGCGGCCGCUGUAUGCGGGACGAUGCCAGUACUAUUCCAAGAGCACCACACCACCAGAGGCAGUCUGUCACCCACAACGUCGUGCACCGUGCACACCAAAAAUAAAAACCAACACCUGCUUCUGCUGUGACCUGUACAACUGUGGAAACAGAGUAGAGAUUUCUGGAGGAUACUAUGAAUACAUUGAUGUCAGCAGCUGCCAGGACAUCAUCCACCUUUACCACUUGCUUUGGUCAGCAACAAUUUUGAACAUAGUGGGGCUAUUCCUGGGGAUCAUUACAGCAGCGAUACUUGGAGGUUUUAAAGACAUGACUCCUUCCCUCCCUACGCUGAACUGCACGGUUGAAAAUGCACACCCUACAGUGUCCUAUUACUCAAGGCCACAGGUGACAUCUUACAACACCUACUACCACAGCACUCCUCACCUGCCUCCCUACUCUGCAUAUGACUUUCAGCAUUCCAGCGUGUUCCCGGCCUCCACUCCCUCUGGCCUCUCGGAUGACCCGCAGUCAGUGUCACCAUCUCCCAGCUACAUGUGGUCCUCCAACGCUCCUCCUCGGUACUCACCACCGUAUUUUCCACCUUUUGAAAAGCCACCACCUUAUACACCGUAAAGAACGAGGGGAAAGAAGAACUAAAUACUUGCCACUGAAAUGAUUGUGAACAUUUUGUGUUUAUAUCUUACUGUGGGAGGAAGGGGGGGAAUAGAUACAGAAGAUAAUUGCAAACAUGAAUACUUGAUUGGACGGUUCGUUCUUGCGAGACUUAUCUCAGAGGUUUAACAGUGGGGUGCAAGGAGGGGGACGUGCUGCUGAUGUUUUGCAGGGCACCUGAAUUCCAACUCCUCAUUUUACAGUGAGGGUCACGGAGUCCUUGGUUUUUAAUGAAGUGAUACAACGCAGACAAUAGAUUCUGGUCUGCCUUACUCCAUCUUGAGCCAAGCUGAAGUAAGGGUAGCCAGGAUCCACAGCUGCCCAGGAGUAUCAUUUUGCCCGAGGUGAGGGUGCUUGCAGACAGCUCAACCUGAUGCUUGUUUUGUUUGGCUGUUGGCCGCCAGUUUUGGGGGAUUUUGUGGGGCUGCAAAGCUUGGCUCACAUCACUUGUUGGUUACAGUCUAUGGGAUGGAAACCCUAGUGAGGAGCCAGGAUGAUGUCUUUAAAAUAAUAAAUAGAGGUAACUUCAUAGGGUGUUUUCUUAUGUGUCUAGCAGAGUAAUGGGAAUCUAUUUAUUUAUUUAUUUAUUAGGGGAAAAGCUUUAAUAAGCUCUAUUAGCUGAUUUAUUUUGGGACAUUUCUUUAGAUAGAAGGUGAAAUGCAGUUGUCUGUCUUCCGAAUUCUAUGUCACGAUGCUGAAGUCAAACCAUCUGGGUGGCUGCACUGCCUAAAUCUUCAGAAACUGCUCACAAGUCACUGAAACAGUGCACUGGAAACACUUUCUUUUUCCUUCUGCUUGGUUAGGAUUUUGUUUUAAGCUUGUACUUUUACCUUUUCUAACGGGUUGAAUCAGCACCUUGAAUAAGCAGCAUCUUAGUAGCUGUGUUAUGGGCUGCACAUACAGGAUUUCCACUAGUUCUCCAAGAUGUAAGUCUCACAUGGAUAAAAUUCAACACCGUGUAAUAUAGGAUGAAGCUGAUAGGAAUUUGCAAUUAUCGUUGUGACUUUCAUUUAAUCUUCAGCUGAUGACUGUGCUGAUUGAUCUAGAUUCCAACAGAUUUUGCAUGCGUCCUGCAUAACAAAAGAAGGUCAGCUUUGUUACGUGUCACAGUGUCCUGUAAAGUGUGGUUCUACUCCAGUAAGUGACCUCAGAUGACGGCUUUUAGAUCUGAGCCGCUCAGCCUGAGCAUUCCCAAUUGCUUGCUUCAGAGAGAAAAAGUAAGGUAUUGCCAUUUUAUUCCUUAUUCCCUAAAGAUGGACCUUCCUUUGCAUUGGAUUGCUGGCCCUAAUCCCAAAUUGCCUACAUUUACAUUCAGCUCUGGUGCAGACGAGAAGAUACCCAACAGCUCAAUCUGGUGUGCAGAAUAUAAAAUUGGUCCACGUGCCAGGGAAAAAAUCAACAGCUGCACAUUAACCUGUGGCCUCUACUUUUAAUCUUAAAAAAAAUGAAAUGCUGUCAAAAUGGAAAAUGAAUGCUGAAGUCCCUGAUCUCACUUUUCAAAGUACACCACACUUUAUAAUGCUGUUUUCAAUACUAUGCAUUUGCGAAGCCUUUAAAGCUAGGCUGCGUGUUAACCUCCCCAUUCCACUGUCCACUGCUAGUCAGUAUGUUAGCCAGCUCAAGGAUGGCGCUGUUUCUCCGGAAACAAAUGCUUUUCUCCAGCAACAAGUGAAGAGAGUAGCUGGGGAAAGGAGUACAAUCACGGGAUUUAAAGCAGUAGUGUGUGCAGAACACGUCCUGGUGGCGUUCUGCUUUACUGCGGAUAGUUCAAGUGCAGCUCUUGGAAAUCUGCAUACUGAAAAAUGAGAACCUCAUCCAUUUUAUAUGACAUUUUUUCUGAAUGAAAUCUUGUUAAAGAGAUUGUGUACAAUUUCAAAUCUACUCACUGGAAUUUGAAGGCCACAUUCACUUAAAUCAGAAAGUUUGGUAUUGCUGCAUCUUUGAAAUUAGAGGUCCCAGUCCUGUCCCAGCACCAACAAACACACGAUACCAUUUGUGCCUGUCUACUGAGCAGGGCUUGGUGGGCCGGGGCACCGCAGGGCAGGACAGAGGCAGUUCUGGACGUGAACAGAACUGAAUGGCAGAGCAACAAUAAGGAAACAAUUGUCAUCGGGUUUGACUUGACAGAAACACUAAACUUAGGAAGUUAUCAAUCACAACUCUUGUUUUCUAAGGAAUAUCAAGGCAAAAAUUACAUUGCUGCUUUAAAUUCACUGUAAUACGAUGAGGCCGUUGUCACAUUUAAAAAAUUACCUGUUUGAUUUUUCUGUUGAAUUACGUGUUUCCUUCUGCUCAAGUAAAAUAAGUGUUUCAUGUGAAUGCAACCUUCUGCACUGUGGUCAUCAUUUCUUACAGGAAUGUAGAACUGUGAACCAUCUGUACCCUUUUAUUACUUUACCAAGGUCAAAUAAACUGGUGUGACUUUUGUAAGCGUU